UCCCAGGUGUUCCUGUCCAGCAUGGCCAAGUGCCCGCUGCUGUUGCUGCUGACCAUGUGGGUGCUGGCUGGGGAGCUGUGGCUGAGGGCUGAGGCCUGGGCAUCGCCCUACGGAGUGAAGCUUUGCGGCCGGGAAUUCAUCCGGGCAGUCAUCUUCACCUGCGGGGGCUCCCGGUGGAGACGGUCGGACAUCGUGGCUCCUGAAGCUACGGAUGCAGACUCGGACCCAGACAGUGAGCUGGAUGAGGCAGUAGCCUCCAGCGAGUGGUUGGCCCUGACCAAGUACCCCCAGGCUUUCUAUGGGGGGACUCCGGGGGCUCUGCGUGGUGGCCGUGAUGUCGUGGCGGGCCUCUCCAGCAACUGCUGCAAGUGGGGGUGCAGUAAGAGUGAAAUCAGCAGCCUCUGCUAGACCAGUGACUUGGUGGCCAGGGGCCCAGGGUCCAGCUGGGCACCUGUCUCUGGCUUCUCAUGCAUUCAUCCACCCGCAAAUCAGAUCAGGCCUGUGCACUCAGACACAGUCCCCCCUAAAUGACCCUGACCUUUGACCAGCCUAUCCUCACCCUGAGCAAACUGUCCCUACCUGGCCAAAUGGAAACCUCUGGUCCUGACCCCUGACCUCUCCCCAGGCCGUAUCAUGUCUUUGCCUAGCCUACAUUCCUCUCUGCUUUAACGGUGCCCCUACUCUACCCAAACCGAUCUACCCUCAUCCAGACCUUUGCCCUAACUGAUUCUCUCUUGCCCCAACUGCGGCCUCUGUCUCCCGACCAGCCCAAAUUAUGUUCCUGCUCCAUUCCAGCCCUCGCCUACCCCUUUCUCCCUGCCUUCAGCCCCUCCCCCUCCAGCCCCACCUGCUGGGGUUCUAAAGCUGGGGAUCCUAGAACUGGUGGUGGGAGCCCUGGGUUCCCUUCACAUCCUGGGGUGGGAGGCUCGCUGAGGGGACGGAUCAGAACCUUCUUCAACCCCAAUAAUAAAAGUUCCAAAGGAC